GGAGGUAUUGGGUCGCGACUGACGAGCUUUUGAUAUCUUCAACCUUGAUAACCUCAACACCAACCUGCUCAGAGUCUUUUCGCAUUUUUCGCUUCCUCGACGACUUCAGAAGCUCAUAUCUUUGAAAUCCAAAGCUUGCCAUAAGCCUUCACCAUGUCUCGCCAUCAUCCGUAAGUCCUAUCAUCACACUCCCUAUGCCCUGGGAGCUUUCUCUACUAUCCUAGCCCUUCUCUCGCAUCUGUUGCUAACAUUCUAUCCAGAGAUCUUGUUAUGUGCCGAAAGCAAUCCGGCAUCGCCAUCGGACGUCUCUGCGACAAAUGCGACGGCAAAUGUCCUGUAUGCGAUUCCUACGUCCGCCCUACCACCCUCGUUCGAAUCUGCGACGAGUGCAGUUUUGGCAACUAUCAAAACAAGUGUGUGGUCUGCGGUGGAGAGGUAUGUGCCAUUCUAUUCUGCUACAGAAGAUUAUACUGAAAUUUCUAAAGGGUAUCUCGGAUGCUUUCUACUGCUUUGAAUGCACGCGAUUAGAGAAGGAUAGGGAUGGAUGUCCAAAGAUUAUAAAUCUGGGUUCUUCGAGGACGGAUCUGUUCUACCAGAAAAAGAAUUUCCGGAAUCACUAGCAAGUUUUGCCAUAAAGUUCUGUGCGGCUUGGGUCACGACGCGAGGAAAACUUGGAGCGACAUUCGAACCUGUGACGCGACCAGCAAACGAAUCAAACAAUGAGCUUUUGCGGGGUCGUUGAUUGGAGUUUUAUCAUAGGGGAUCAUGAAUGAGACUUCAUCUAUGGGGGCAAUUGAAGCGGAGGGGAGUUACAAACGCGGUGGGAAGGCAUGCUAGCUAUUUCCCUCGAUUUUCAUGAGUGGACGGGUACUGAUUUUAUUGGCAGCCGGAAAAUGCAAUCAAGUAUGAUCAUACUAUCAGAAUUCUUUUGCCAAGAAAUGGCCAGUUUUGAAACAUUCUCAAAUCAGACACGAGUUCAGACUACAAAGUAACUAUUGCACCUGCAUGAAUAUUAUGUGUUUUUCUGAUUUUUCCCAGUCGGUCGUUUACGGCUUUCUACGGCUUUAUAGCUUCUCUGUUGAGUCCAUCCCUAUCUUGUCUCAUACUUACGAACCUCUCCAUCUGUAUAUUGUAAUCCAUUUUUCUUGUAAUAAAUUUCUGGUAAGUUUGCUAUACAAGCAUCAAGUAAGAAAGAAGUUGACUCGGCCCUUCUCAAUCGUUGGAUGAGACUUUGAGUAAGCUACUUUGAGCAAAGCCGAUGACGUAUACCAACUAAUCCUGACCCUCAGGUUUGUAUCCCAAUUCCUUGCUUUGGUUUCUUACAUUAUUUCUGUACCGCAUUACUAUAUGAACGAUGAUAUUCUAGCUCUAGUUGGCUGAUAUGACAGGCGACGCAGGUAUUUUUACUUAGGUGAGAACCAUCAUACCUCAUCACUGAAUCAAGCCCAACUCUCUCGUAAGCCUGGCUUUGUCCACCGCGACCAUAUAAAACACAAUUCCAUUAUCGUGAACUCGAUCAGUCGUUUAGCGGAGAUCCUGCUCAUAUUCGAUCCCCUUCAUAUCUCCUUACUCCAUCCUGGAUGAGUCUUGAAUCAUCUUAUGGGAUUUCAUCGCGGUUCCUUGGAAGCUCCCAUUUUCUGAAAACUGGCCAAAACCUGGCCACAAUACGUUCGGUCAAAAUUUUGAGUUCAUGACGUCUACAGCGCCAACUCAGAGCUACGAACGGAAGCGACUUUGGCCUCAAAACCACAGUUCUCUAAUGUGUCCCAGCAGACAGCUUAUGCGGUCUACUCUUAACGAGAGACUCAACAAGUUGAGCUUAUUUAAGACAGAUCUAGGCAGAGCAUAUCAUUGCAAAGAAAAGACUAGCUCUAGCUACGCUAGUUCUCAGAUGUCCUUUACCUGAGCAUCUAAACUAUGAAUCCCGGAAAUCACGGAAAGGAGUAUACCCUUUCGGGCCUCUUCCCCUCACCGAUAUCUCAAAUCCAAGAUUAAGUUGUUCACUUCUCUCCUCUACCCUACUCCGCAUCUCGUGGCUUCCUCAGUCGGACACCUUGUACUCCCCUCUCACACUGCAUCCCACCCAACCCCUCACCCCUAUAAAAACCCCUUCGACUUCCUACUCAUAUCACUCCCUCUACCUAAACCCGCCGAUCCACCUCUCCCUCUCCGUCUCGUCGAAGGCCCCAGAUCUCUAUGAUUAAUUCUCAGUUCCGGACCCAGUUCCUCUUCCAUUUGCUCGCUUCGCGGGCGUCGACUACCUAUUGGGAUAUCGAAGGGCGAGAUUUUCGGUGAGGUUGGGGCGUUAGGGGGUGCUCUGUUAUUGGUUUUGUUUACUAGAGAUGAGAAGCCGGUUUGUGAGGAAGGGUGCGACGAUGGAGUGUUAUUUUUGGGCUGAUUUGGUGGUAGAUUGCGGUUUUCUGGUGUGUAGGGGGGUUUGUGGGUUCGGGG